AUGGCGGAAGCUCUUGGAAGAUAUUUGUUGAAACUAGUUUCAGAAGGUUCUUUUCAGGGUUUGAGGCCUUCCUCGUCUAAUCUUGUGUGCUCACACCAGCAGUUUGUUGGUGAUACUAUUCUUUUGGGGAGUUCUACUAUUAGGGAGGAAAUAACUUUGAAGAAUGCUCUUAAUCUUUAUAGUAAGGCUUCUGGUCAGUUGAUUAAUUGGAAUAAAAGCUCCCUUUUCUUUUUCAACACUCUUGAGGUCAAACAGAGAAGGAUUACGGAUAUUCUUGGUUGUGAUACUAGUUCUUUUCCUUCUACUUAUCUUGGCCUUACCAUUUGUUUGAAAUCGAUUGAUACCUCUUGGUUGUCUUUGAUUGAUAGAUUCAAUAAAAAGUUGGCAGGUUGGAAAGGUGCUUUGUUGAGUCAGAUGGGGAAAUUACAACUUCUGAAGUCCACUCUUCAAAAUCUCCCUGUCUAUGCUUAA